UACACUGUGAUAUGAGAAUGGUGUGUGCUGUCAGAGCUGCUGGUGAAGCACAAACAUCACAUGAAUCAUUUUGAGAUGAGAUCAUCAGAACGCACUCUUUCAUGGAGAAUAACACAAGUUGGUUUUGUGAGUCUCAUGUGUUGUGGGAUUUUUCCUCAUAACACCCAACAAGAGUCCAGCCAACAAUGUCAAAUCAUCCCAGGCUCCAUGUCCCUGCCUGUGCUGGAGAAGAAGGGGGACAUCACCUUGGGGGGACUGUUCUCUCUUCAUGAUAUGGUGGAGGAGCACAGUGUCUCCUACACGUCUGCACCUCCACCCACACAGUGUACAAGAUUUAACUUUCGGACGUUUCGUUGGAUGCAAACUAUGAUCUUUGCAAUCGAGGAGAUCAACAGAGAUGGACGACUCCUCCCCAACAUAACACUGGGCUAUAAGAUCUAUGACUCAUGCAGCACACCUCACCAGGCUCUGAGGGCGGCCAUGGAGUUAAUGGGGACUGAGAAGAGCUCGGUGCAGAGUAAGGAAACGUGUCACGGGAACAUUCCCGCAGUGAUCGGAGACGGCGGCUCGACGCAGUCUCUUGUCGUGGCUCGUUUCCUCGGCGUCUUCCACAUGCCACAGGUGAGUUAUUUCUCCAGCUGCGCUUGUUUGAGUGACAAAAAGGAGUUCCCUGCCUUUUUGAGGACCAUGCCCAGUGACUUCUUCCAGGUAGACGCACUCGUUCAGCUUGUCAAGCAUUUCGGCUGGAGUUGGGUGGGUGUGAUUGCAGGCGACGAUGACUAUGGCCGUGGUGGGGCAAAUAUUUUUGCUGAUAAGGUCAGAACAUUAGGUGCUUGUGUCGCCCUCCAUGAGAUCAUCCCUAAGAACCGAGCACCAGCAGCAGUUUCAUCCAUAGUCUCAAAGAUCCGCUCCUCUGGGGCUCGAGUGGUUCUUGUGUUUGCUGUAGAACAAGAUGCAGCUGCUUUGUUUGAUGAAGCACUCAGAGAGGACCUCACUGGGAUACAGUGGCUGGCCAGUGAGGCGUGGAGUACGGCUGCUGUCCUCUCUUCUCCCAAAAAGUACCACCAAAUUCUUCAAGGUUCUAUGGGCUUUGCCAUUCGUCAGACACACAUUCCUGGAUUGCAAGACUUUCUGCUUCGCUUGAAUCCUGCAGGUGCAGAUGUUCCUGAAAAUCCCUUUCUAAAACCUUUCUGGGAAGAGGUGUUUCAGUGCAGCCUGGGUUUGACGACCAACGGCCAGGAACAUACUGAUGAGAGGAAACCUCCAUGUUCUGGAAGUGAAGAACUGGGGAAUGUGACAAAUAUCUAUUCAGACGUUUCACAGCUAAGGAUUUCCUACAAUGUCUACAAGGCUGUCUAUGCUAUUGCUCAUGCACUUCACGCAAUAAGAAGCUGUGUAAAAGGAGACCCGCAUUGUCCAGAACCAGACAACAUCCAGCCCUGGCAGUUGCUUCAUCACAUAAAACAGGUGACAUUCGUGAACUCGUUUGGUGAUGAAAUCAAGUUUGAUGAGAAUGGUGAUCCUGCAGCCAUGUAUGACCUGGUUAACUGGCAGCUGGCAGCAAAUGGAGGAAUGGAGAUCACCACUGUUGGUACAUUUGACGAGAUGUCUGGAAAACAAGAGCUCCAGAUUCAGGAACAAAACAUCAUAUGGAAUGGAAACCGUACCAAAGUACCCUUGUCAGUGUGCAGCAGCAUUUGUCCCCCAGGAACCCGGAAAGCAAUCAGACCCAACUUUCCUAUCUGCUGCCAUGAUUGUGUGGUUUGCACAGAUGGAGAGAUCAGCAAUCAAACCGAUGCCAUUGAGUGUGUGCGGUGCCUGCCUGAGUUCUGGUCCGACUCUCAGAGGAUGGCCUGCAUCCCCAAAGAGGUGGAAUUUCUCUCCUUCAGUGACACUAUGGGCGUCGUCUUGACGGCUAUUUCCCUAAUUGGCUUCUUCUGCACCUGCACUGUGGUCGUCAUAUUCAUCCAUCACAGAGCCACUCCCAUCGUCAGAGCCAACAACUCUGAGCUGAGCUUCCUGCUGCUCUUGUCCUUGACUCUGUGUUUCCUGUGUUCUCUGACCUUCAUCGGCCGGCCGUCUCAGUGGUCCUGCAUGCUGCGGCACACUGCAUUUGGCAUCACCUUUGUCCUCUGUGUCUCUUGUAUUCUGGGGAAAACUAUCGUGGUGCUAAUGGCCUUCAAGGCGACACUUCCAGGCACAAAAGUGAUGAAAUGGUUUGGACCCGCCCAGCAAAAAGCAAUCAUUAUCUUCUCUACACUGAUCCAGGUUAUCAUCUGUAUAGUGUGGCUGUUUGUUGCUCCACCCACUCCACGCAAACUGAUGCCACGCGAGAGUCCGAUAGUCAUUCUCUUGUGUGAUGAAGGUUCACCUGUAGCGUUCGCUCUGGUUCUGGGCUACAUCGGCCUGCUGGCCUGCCUUUGUCUCGUCCUGGCCUUUCUGGCGAGGAAACUUCCAGACAACUUUAACGAGGCGAAGCUCAUCACCUUCAGCAUGCUUAUCUUUUGUGCCGUGUGGGUAGCCUUUGUUCCCGCCUACAUCAGCUCUCCAGGAAAGUACUCCACGGUCACAGAAGUGUUUGCUAUCUUAGCCUCUAGUUAUGGACUGCUGGGCUGCAUCUUUGCACCAAAGUGCUACAUAAUAAUCCUGAGGCCAGAGAAGAACUCCAGGAAACACUUAUUGUCCAGAGUUGCCACAGACAAGUUUUAGAAGAAAAUGUUCAACCCAUUUAUUAAUGUAUGGUCUUUUGUGUUGAAAAAGUGAGGAAAAAUAAAAAUAUGAAGGUUCUUGUAUGGCUUUCUACUUAAUACCACCAGAUGGUGGCAGUGUGCUGUCAACACUGGUUUCUGUCAUUCAUCAUGUCCUCCCUCUUAAAAUAUCUUUCCCUGAUGGUUGAUCAUUAUUUUAUUAUUUACGAACAUGCUGCUGUAAAGACUAGUAUUUGACAUAAUUAAAUAUACUAAAUAAACUGAUAUAAAGCAGA